AUGGCGGAAACAGGCCCAGAAGAGGGCAACUUCAACGCCUUCUACCAGGCGUUCAUCAUGAUCGUCGUCUCCGAGAUUGGUGACAAGACGUUCCUCAUCGCUGCCAUCCUCGCGUCCAAGCACAGCCGCGUCACGGUAUUUGCCGGCGCGCUUGGCAGCCUCGUCGUCAUGUCGAUACUCAGCGCCGCACUGGGCAAGUUCAUCCUCGGGCUGGUCCCAAAAGUAUGGACGCUGUGGGCCGCUGCGGCCCUCUUCCUCGUCUUCGGCGUCAAGAUGGCCUCAGAGGCGCGACAAAUGCAGGGCGACGAGAUGGCUGAGGAGAUGCGUGAAGCCGAGGAGGAGAUCGAGGAGGACAGCGCGGUGCACGAUCCUACGAUGCGCGGCGCGAUGCCCCUCGAGGCGAUUGAGGAGGGACGGGUGGCGCGCCCGCUGACCAAGGGGUUAAGCGGGUCGCGUCCAGCGUCACCAGCGCACGAGCGUGGGCGCGCAGCUGAGAGGAGCCGGCGGACAGCCUCCCGAUCCCGCAGCAGGCCCAGCAUACAUAUCUCGAUCCCAGGCGUCGGGCCACUCAAAGACGCCCCAUUUAUCGCCAGGGCGCGAGAGAGCUGCCGGAGCGGACUCCAGAUGCUCACCAACCCCGUGUUCGCGCAGGCGUUCAUCCUCACAUUCCUCGGCGAGUGGGGCGACCGCUCGCAGAUCACGACCAUUGCAAUGGCCGGUGCCCACUCUGUCCCUGUCAUCGCUUUUGGAACAAUUCUCGGCCACUCGCUGUGCACGCUCAUGGCCGUCAUCGCAGGGAGAUGGAUUUCGACCAGGUUGUCUGUGAAGAAGAUUACGAUCGCUGGCGCAGCGGCAUUCAUCUUCUUCGCGUUCCUUUACGCACACGAGGCAUAUACCGCCGGCGUCAACGGGGAUGUGGACUGGUAGGCGGAUAGAUAAGUGAUAGACAGAUACCCGGCGGAUUGCCGCCUUCACCAUUCGACAUUCAUAGCAUAUUAAGCUAAUGCGCUGGCUCGCUGGCGCCUCAUUCGACGCAUGGAGCAGAUGCAUUGACGAAUACUGCAGUC